UUCACCACAUUGCACGCACCCCUUGUCUCUGAUAUAUCCUAUGGCUUCACUUUUCCUUUCGUCCAUAGUCAUUUUUCUGAGUGCGGUUUCAGCCAUAGAAUCAGCUGCUCUAGAUGUUUUGCCAGUUCAUGCUUUUCACAAAACUUCAAACAGCGUUUUACCCAAUGGUGUGCCAAUUGUUCCAAUUCAUCCCUUAAGUGAGCCAAUACUUCCACCAAAACCAAAUCAUGUUUUGCCAACUGGUGAGCCAGUUCAUGUUUAUCCCUUAAGCGAGCCGAUACUUCCACCAAAUGGUGUUUAUCCCUUAAGCGAGCCAAUACUUCCACCAAAUGGUGUUUAUCCCUUAAGCGAGCCGGUACUUCCGCCAAAAUCAAACCAUGUUUAUCCCUUAAGUGAGCCAGUACUUCCACCAAAACUAAACCAUGUUUUGCCAACUGGUGAACCAGCUCCAGUUCAUGCUAUUCCAAGAUCUAGGAAGAUCAAGUUCUGAGUUUAACAUGAUGAGAUUAAAUAAUUUAUCUAGACUACAAUGUCGUGACUUUUCUGUCUAAAUAGAUGUCAACAAUAAUGUAGUUGGAAUCACAAAUUUUAAUAAAAACAGUUAUAUCAACAUGCUAUUUAUAUUAUA